AUGAGGAUAAUCCAGAUAAACCUCAACCAUUGCGAAGUAGCGCAAAGCCUCCUCGAGCAAUAUGCGAGAGACAAACGCGUAGACGUGGCUCUAAUAAGCGAGCCAUUUAGAAAAACAAGGAGCCAAAACUACAUUUUGGACUCCACGCAGAGUGCGGCAAUCUGGGUCUUCGGCACCCAACCAGAAAAUACAUUCGCCGGCGAAGGCUUUGUCCAAGCCAAGGUGAAUGGCAUCUGGCUGAUAAGCUGCUACUUACCGCCGCGUCUCACACUCCAGCAGUUUGGACGCACGCUAGACGAGGUGGCCGAAGCGGCUAGACCCAUAACCGAUGUGAUAGUGGGAGGAGACUUCAACGCCUGGGCAGAGGAAUGGGGGUCAGCCCUCACCAAUGCAAGAGGCCGAUCGCUCCUGGAAACCUUCGCGACCCUGGAUGUGGCCCUGCUAAACACAGGCUCCCGGCACACCUUCAGCAGAGCAGGAUGCGGCUCGGUGAUAGAUCUCACAUUUUGCAGCAGCAGGCUCUUCAGGAGGACGACGUGGGCCCUCAGCGAUGAGUACACUGGCAGCGACCACAAAUAUAUUAUCUGCGACACCUCAAACGGAGCAAGAGAAACGCCAGGCUCGAGACCUAUAAGGUUCAACCCAGCGACGCUGCACACCCAAAGGUUCGCGCAAGGAAUAAGGAUGGAAGACCCGAUCGGAGACGCGGAAGACGGUGCGCAACAUAUAAUGCUGGCGGUGGAGCAGGCAUGCCGAGCUAGCAUGAAGCUCAGCAGAAACCAUUCCCGACACCAUGAACCGGUCCUAUGGUGGUCGCCGGAGAUUGCCGAGGCGAAACGGGAAUGCCUCCGAGCUCGAAGGCUUCACCAAAGAGCCAGGGGAAGACCGGACUUCGAGCCCAAACGGCAGGAGUUCGCCGACAAGAGGAGAGCUCUAAAAACCCUUAUAAAGGAGGCAAAAAAACGGUGUUUCCUGGAGAUGUGCGACGCCGCUGAACAGGACCCGUGGGGAACGGCAUACCGGACGGUGGUCAAGAAGGCCAAGCAAGCCAAGCCUUUACCACCACGAGAACCCCAAACGAAUGGAGACCAUGCGGUGACUAUGCGGUGA